UUAACCCAUAUCACACCUCUGUGUCUCCUACAUUGAACAGUCUCAUCCCUUCGCUACCUGCUUUGAAUUACCAACAAUGGUUGAGGCUCUUGUUUCCAAUGUCAUCCAGAAAUUGGGUGAGAUCAUCCAACAGGAGAUUGACCAAGAGGUACGACUGGUCGUGGAUGUGAAAAACGAUGUCGACAAGCUCUCACGCACUUUUAUGAAAAUCCAGGCUGUGCUUAACGAUGCUGAAGAGAGGCAAAUCAAGGAUAAAUCAGUGCGGCUUUGGUUACAAGAUCUGAAAGACGUAGCCUAUGACAUUGAUGAUGUCUUGGAUGAGUGGAGCACCGAAAUAUUUAUUAAAAAAUUACGAAUAGAUGAGGGAGUUCAUGAUCACCAUGCUCACCGCAUUAGCCUCCUCACAAAGAAGGUAUGUCCCCGCAACUUGUUUUCUCUUGGUGCUUGCUGCUUUCGUUUCAAGCAAAUUGGUCAGCGUCAUGACAUUGGUCAUAAGAUAAAGGAGAUAAAAGGAAGACUAGAUGAGAUAGCAAGUGAGAAAGAUAAGUUUAGUUUUAUUCAAACUACUACUACUAGAAAUGAAUUAAUUAUAGAUGAUGAGUCAAGGAGGAGGAGAUUAGAAACUAGCUCCCUCGUUGAUGUCACAGAGGUGUUUGGUCGUGACAUGGAUAAAGAUAUCAUAAUAAGCAAGUUGAUAAGUGAGGGCAGUAGUCCACAAGAUGAAAUGGUUUCUGAUCAUGUCCGUCCCAUGAUAAUCUCCAUUGUGGGCAUGGCUGGUUUGGGCAAAACAACACUUGCCCAACUCACCUUCAAUGAUGAGAAGGUGAAGAACCAUUUUGAUAAGAGAAUAUGGGUACACGUAUCUAAACCUUUUGAUAAAGAGAAGGUUGCCAUGCGUAUUAUCGAAGAAAUGGGUGGUGGUGGUGGGAACAAUAUUGUCUCCCAAGUUGGAGGAGGUGGUGGUCAUCCUAUUGCAUGGGACCUUGUGCAUCGUCAAUUGACUAGUUCUAUCCAAGGAGUUCAUUUUCUACUCAUCUUAGAUGAUGUGUGGAAUGAGGAUCGUAGUUUGUGGGAUCCAUUGUGGCUUUCUCUCAAAUGCGGUUCUCAAAGAAGUAGAAUUAUUGUCACAACACGAAACGAGAGGGUUGCCAUCAUGAUGGGCCGCACAACAUAUGUCCAUAGAUUAAGGGUAUUGUCUGAUGAAAAUUGUUGGUCGUUGAUGAGACAUUAUGCCUUUGAUGGAAGGCAAGAAAAAGAAUGUGAGAAAUUAGAAGAAAUUGGUAUGGAACUCUCGAAAAGGUGUAAAGGAUUGCCUCUUUCGGCAAAGACUCUAGGAAGUUUGUUGUGUUUCAAAGAGUCAAAAGAGGAUUGGAAAUAUGUGUUGGAUAGUAAUGUAUGGAAGGUUGUAUCAACCAUUGAUAAACCAGUCUUGCCGGCUCUGUUACUAAGCUAUAACGAUUUGCCCUCUCAUUUGAAGCAAUGCUUUGCAUAUUGUUCUCUUAUCCCAAGACAUAUUAACAAAAGUGUCACAAUCAGACAAUGGAUGGCACAAGGCUUUCUUGGUGGCCAUUUGACAACCAAAUGUGAUGAUUUGAUUGCAGUGGGUGAGGAAUACUUCAACCAUUUAGUCAUGCGUUCAUUUUUUCACAAAGGUGUCACAAACACAAGAGGUAUAAUAGAAUUUUUCCACAUGCAUGACCUCUUCCAUGACUUUGCCAAAUCCCUUGUAGAAAAUGAAUGCUUUACUUUGACGAUUAAAGAUACUAAUGCUCACGAAUUUGACUUUGGUAGAGCCCGUCAUUUAUCUCUAGUACUAGAAGAGAUAAACACGAUUCCUUCUUUCAUUCACAAGGCAAAGAAUUUGCGCACUCUUACAAUUUAUGGAGCACAUAUUCCUAAAAUUUCUUCUGAGUUAUUUGGACACUUAACGUGUUUGAGGGCUUUAUAUUUGUGCGGCACUGACCUUGAAGAGCUUCCAAGUGAGGUAGAGAAGUUGAUACAUCUAAGGUACCUUGACUUGUCCACGACAAGUUUUAAAGAACUACCUAAAGCAGUGGCCAAAUUGUACAAUUUGCAAAUAUUAUGCCUUAAUGGAUGUAAGAAUCUUUGUAAACUACCUGAAGGGAUUGGAGGAUUAGUCAAUUUGAUAGAGCUUGAUCUGGAAGAAUGUCGCCAACUAAGCUACUUGCCAGAAGGAAUUGGGAGGUUGAGCAAACUACGUGGUUUGUCAUACUUCGUUAUUGGUGGAGUGGAGAGAGGAGGAUGUAAGAUUGGAGAACUGAAAGAUCUCAACUUCCUCAAAGGUUCACUAAAAAUAAUAGGUUUGGGGAGAGUGGAAAAUGGAAAUGAGGCUAAAUUGGCAUGCUUGAAGAAUAAGCAACACCUUCGUGCUUUGUAUUUCUAUUUUAAUCAAUAUACUGGUGUUUCAAGGGUUGAUGAGGAUGCCGUUGAACAAUAUAUAGAAGGAGAAGCAGAAGAAGAAGAAGAAGAAGAAGAAGAAGAAGAAGAAGUUGAUGGUGAAGCUGAAACAGAAGGACGAGAAGAAGAAGAAGAAGCUGGUGUUUCACAUGUUGGUGAAAAUGUCGUUGAUGAAGAAGAGGAAGGUAAAACAGAAGGAGAAGAAGAAGUAGUUGAUGGAAGAGACAUGUUGUCGAGGAGGAUGGAGGAUGUGCUGGAAAGUCUCCAACCACAUCAAAACCUUGAGAAACUAAUAAUCGUGGACUACCCUGGUGCUGUGUUCCCAAAUUGGAUGUGUAGUCAUGAAAACUUUACGAAUUCCUCCCAUCUGGUUUUCUUGGAACUGGAUGGGUGCAUGAAGUGUAAGCAAUUGCCUCCGACUUUGGGGAAACUACCAUCUCUUGAAACCCUUGUAAUAGGUGGAAUGGAUAAAGUCAAAUUCAUGGGAGUUGAGUUUUUUGGAAUCGAUUUUGCAACAAGAAGUGACGGUGGGCUUGACACAAUAUUCCCAAAAUUGAAAGUCUUCCAGUUGGCUUCAAUGCAUAAUUUGAAGGAUUGGGAUCCAAGACUAGUACAGAAACAACAAGGGAAAGAGUUCAUCUUUAUGCCGUGUCUACAGUAUCUCUUUCUUUUUAAUUUGCCCAAGUUAAGGUCGUUUCCACAUCACCUUACCCAGGCUACAUCCCUGAGGAAAUUGUUCAUAUGGUACUGUCCAAAGUUGAGUUGGAUGCCAUCAUCUCCAUCCUCCCAUCUUCCUUUUCUACACAUUGAAGAGUUGAUUUUAAAAUGGGACACAGGUUCAUUUUCGAAGUCACUAAUACCAAACAACCACAUGUUUCUCCCUAACCUCAAGUUGUUGCUGGUGAGACAAUCACCUUUCUCGUCCUUACCUGAAGGCUUAGGGAAACUCACAUCACUUCAGAUUCUGGAUAUCCGAACAUGUUCUAAGAUCAAGUCAAUACCUGAGGGGGAGUUGCAGCAUCUCACCGCACUCCAAGUGUUGAACAUCAUGAGGUGUCCCGCCUUGAGGCGACGUUGCCAAAAGGAGAUAGGAGAAGAUUGGAGCAAAAUAUCUCACAUCCCAAACAUCUUCAUCGAUGGCACGAAGAUCAAAUGAGGAGAAACUUCCACAAUAAGAGGCAUUAUUGUUAAUGGAGGAAGGAGAAGCGGACAACAAACACAUCACAUACUUGAAAGUGAAGCUCAAACUUAAAAUUUGGGGGUGACGACAACGAUGAGCACCUCAAUAGAAAUUUCACUUCCAGAUAUGUCCAUACAUCUCUUCACAGUUUGGGAUUUGAGGUGAAGAUAGAUAUCAGAGAGUUGUAUACCUAAUGUUGGACGGAAACGAACCAGGCCUCCUUCGCCACCACCUAUUUAGGGAGUUCAGAUUGAUCAGGUCAGCCUACUGUUUCUGAAGAUUUUGAUUUGCAUUGCAUAGACUUUGUGAAAGCAGUGGAGAUGGUAGAGGAGCACACCAUCUAAGUUGCACUAAUCACCAAAGGAUGAUUUGCCAGAAGAAAGAGCUCAUUUUCCACAUGAAUCAUAAUGGGGCUCAUCAACCCACAUUUACCUUCAACUUCUCCAAAGAACUUAGGUGAACAUGAAGAAAUUAGCUUUGAGGACAAUCACUUUUGUGAACUCCUCAGGAAUGGAAGAUCAUGCAAUCCAAUGAUCCUCGUAAUUUUCCUUCCAGUAUUUGAGGUUCAAGAUACCAGAGAAAAUCAGAUGUUCUACGCCAAAUUUAAGACGGAAAACGAACCUGACCUCCUUGGUCACCAUCUAGUUAGGGAGUUCAGGUUGAUCAGAAAAUUCAAGGUUUCCUGUGGGAGGAAGAGAAAGGUGAAUAAUGAACUACGAAGAAGGUACAUGACAUGAGCAUUCCGUGACAUCGAGGAAAUAUUUGAGACCCAAGACUGCAGUCUCCGCAUGGGUUCUUCCUUCAGUAAAUGAAAAGCACAAGAAAUAUAGGCCCACUGUUUGUGGUUUGACAAGAAGACUCAAACAAGGAAUUCAAUGUUGAAAAGAUUGUUACUCUCUUUAAAUACAGUUGAAGCAGAGGAAAUGGUAGAUGAGGAAACGAUCUAUGUUGCAAGCAAUAAUCUUAAGAGUUUGAGGAUGUCAAAAUUCUAUAGCAUCAAUGUCAAUGGCCACAUAUAUGGCCUUCUCUGUGCUGAUGUUGGUUGGGUCUGGUGGUGGAUCCAGGACGAUUUUCCAGAACCACAUCCAUUAUAUUGGGACUGAUCGACCCACAUGUACCCUCAACUUCUCCUAAGGUAGUUUGUGUGCUUGUUGACACAGCAAUCAUCUAACCAUCCACUACAUAUGGAUUCUAGGAGAAUAAACUUAGCAGAAAAGAAAAGUAAUGGUUAGCAAUGUUCCCGAAGAUGCUUAAUUCCAAAGGAUGCCAAUGCCAUUAGACGUGGAAUGCAAUGCUGUCCUCGAAUUGGUGACUAGAGAGGACUUCAAUCGAAAGCUUGAAGAGCAAGUAAUCACAGACAUAGUGAAGGUUCUGAAGGAGUUACUUGCAUUUCCAAGAUCGCAGACUUCUUAGAGAAAUUGACAGCUAAAUUGGAGAUAUCUUCUUCCACGAUCGAGUUCAGGGGUUCAAUUUCUGAUGAGCUUAUUGUUGAUGCUCAAGGUCGCCCAAGGUUUCAGUUUGUUCGUUGACAGUCUGUCUGCUGCUUUUUAGUCCGUCCUGCUGAUGGCAAUGCCGAAGGUGGGAGGGGGUAGUAUAGCUUCUUUGUUUUGUUUGGUUUUGUCCAGUUGAUGUCUGUACUCUAUUUUUUCAUGUAACAGAAGAUAUGGAUGAAACAGUAAAUGGUGGGAUAGUGUGGUACUGUCCAUGCAAUUGGCUACAGCUUUGAUGAUUCUCUGGGACAUACAGAAGGAUCAGAAGUUAAUUAUCAAAAUGGCCAACCAACUGAAACAUUUCCCUGACCCUUUUUUGGUGUACUAGUGUUUGGAGUUGCGAGCAUACUGUUGUUCAAUACCAUCAAUUUAUUCUUGUUGGGCUUUGAGGUAGUUUCAUCAACUCAUAUUGUGAAUCAGACUCUACCAA